AUGAUUGAUUGUGGGUUUCAAGAUGGAGGAACAGAGGUCAUUUUCCUGGCUGCUCCAUGGCAUGAAACCAAAAUAGCAGACUGGCAGCUUCUCAGCAAGUGUCCUUUCCGCCUGUGUCCGGCAGCCUUCACGCUGCUGCCCUGGGUCCCCGCACCUGUCCUGGCCCAGCCGCUCAGCACCGUUUUGUGUCCCGCAGGGAACCAGAUGAGACCCAGGACUAGGCAGCUGGCCUUAGUGCUCUCGUAGGUUCCAGAGAGAGUUACAUACCAGUUGUGCUGCCAGUAUAGUGACGCACCCCCUUUGAUGUUAAAGGGAGUCAAGGACCGUGUUUUGCAUGUCCUGAAACUCUAUGACAAGUUUGAUCCAGAAAAGCUUUCAGUAAAUUCCCAUUUUAUGAAAGACCUGGGCUUAGAUAGUUUGGACCAAGUGGAGAUUAUCAUGGCCAUGGAAGACAAAUUUGGGUUUGAAAUUCCUGAUAUAGAUGUAGAAAGGUUAAUGUGUCCACAAGAAACUGUUGAUUGCAUUGCAGAUAAGAAGGAUGUAUAUGAAUAAAGUAUCAGACC